UAAAAAGUACUACAAUAUUCUCUUUUCCCUCCAUUUAUCCUCUUUUUUAUGUGGUGUCUUCUAGUAUAUAAACCAUGCCUAUUGUCACAUUUCUUCAUCAAUCUCUCCCUCUUUCAGCUUCUCUAUCUAUAAUAGUUCAAGUUACUUUAUUAUCUUGAGUAAUUUGCCAAAGGAGUAAACAUGAGUAGGCCAGGAGAUUGGAACUGCAGGUCAUGCCAGCACAUGAACUUUCAAAGGCGCGAAUCGUGUCAAAGAUGCGGCGAUUCAAAGUAUGGAGAGAGAGUUGAUUAUGGAUCAGUUUUUGGAGGAAUUAGAGGAGGAUCUUCAUUUGGUUUAAGUGGUUCGGAUGUUCGUUUAGGUGAUUGGUAUUGUGGUGCUGGUAAUUGUGGUGCACACAACUUUGCCAGUCGUUUAAGUUGCUUCAAAUGUGGUGCUUUCAAAGAUGACCUAGCUGGAGGAGGAUAUAAUAAUAGUGAUAUUUUGCUUUCAAGAGGUUUCGGUGGAAGUACAAGACCUGGAUGGAAAUCUGGUGAUUGGAUAUGCAACAGAUUAGGAUGCAAUGAACACAACUUUGCUAGCAGAAUGGAAUGUUUCAAAUGCAGCGCACCAAGAGACACCUACUAGAAAUGAGAUUAUCCAAGCAAAAAAAGACUAGAGAUGCUGCAAGAUUUUCUUUAUUAGUUAUUACUAUGGGAUGUUAAGGAUUUCUAAAAAGGUGGUCCAAAAUGCUAUGUUUAUUAGAGAAACCAAAUCCCAAUUAGGCUCUUCUUUAGAUUUCCCUUUAAAACUAUAACAAUGUUGUUUUUGUGCUUUAAACUAUUUUAAUUUCUUUGAUCUUUGUGUUAGAGAGUUCAUUUAUUGUACGGUGCGUGGCUUUCUUUAAUGAAGAUUAAUAUCUCCUUUCUUUUCUCAUGAAA